AUGACACCUGCCGAAUCACCCACCCCUUCAACACCGUCUAGCGCCACUACUCCUAACCGUCAGACCUCCUAUCAACCGUCCCAGGCAGAAGCGCUAGCAGCUCGCAUUUUUGCUUUUGUUUCCAGCGCGUCGGAUCUAAGUUUGUCGCUCUCGCGACCCCUGGACAAAAACGCCCACGGUUCCAAAACAGACUCGAACGGCUUACAAGAAGGGCUGGGCAACGGAACAUCACGGGACGAUGGAGAUGGAGAGGCAUCGGAGAGAGAGGACGACGAUGAGGUCAAGCUCCUGCGACUGAGAACCAAAAAGCAUGAGAUUGUCGUUGUUCCGGAUAAGAAGUAUCUGCUUUGUGUGGUACAUGAUGCGGCGCACCCUGCGGGGAACGCGAGUGCAGGCUUACGCUCGAGGUAA